GCAUAGCAUUUACUGGAUUCUCGCUAGCGAGAUUCAGAUUCUGCGAGCUACUGACUUAUUUAUUCGGUUAUCAUAAAAAAACACCUUAACAGGGAAAAAAUGGCGGUUGUCAACGAAGGAGCCCUGAAGAAAAUGCUGAAGCAAUAUAAAUACAGGGACCUGACUGUUCGUGAUAUCACCAACGUCAUCUCUCGUUACAAAGACUUGAAGCCCGUAAUGGAUGGCUAUGUGUUCAACGAUGGAUCUACAAGGGACCUGAUGAGUUUAACAGGAACAGUCCCCGUAAGCUAUAGAGGCAACGUCUACAACAUCCCAGUGUGUCUUUGGAUGCUGGACACAUAUCCCUUCAACCCACCAAUUUGUUUUGUUAAACCAACCAGCACCAUGAUGAUCAAAACUGGUAAACAUAUUGAUGCCAAUGGAAAAAUCUACCUACCUUAUCUACACGAGUGGAAGCAUCCCCAGUCAGACCUGUUUGGUCUCAUUCAGGUGAUGAUUGUGGUGUUUGGAGAAGAGCCACCAGUGUUUUCUCGCCCCACCACACAAGCGCCUUACCAGGCUUUCCAAGCUGCUGGACCUCCUAAUUCUUCCUACGUACCUGGCAUGCCCGCAGUUUCACCUUAUGGCCCAAGUCCUAACGCAGGAGGUUACCCAGGUUACCAGUACCCAGGGGGCAACUCUUACCCGGCUACUUCCGGUCCCACUCACUACCCCGCUCAGACUCCCGUGUCCACAGUGGGCUCCAACAGAGACGGCACCAUAGGCGAAGACACGAUCCGUGCGUCGCUGAUCUCAGCUGUUAGCGACAAGCUUCGCUGGAGGAUGAAGGAGGAAAUGGACAGGGCUCAGGCCGAGUUGGAUGCCCUCAAGCGAACAGAAGAAGAUCUCAAAAAGGGCCAUCAGAAACUGGAGGACAUGAUCUCCAGAUUGGACCAGGAAGUGGCUGACGUCGACAGGAACAUUGAGUUGCUGAACCGCAAGGAUGAGGAGCUGACCGAGGCCCUGGAGAAGAUGGAGAACCAGUCGGAGAACAAUGACAUCGAUGACAUCAUUGUGCCAACGGCCCCCCUGUACAAACAGAUCCUGAACCUGUACGCUGAAGAAAAUGCCAUCGAGGACACCAUCUUCUACCUGGGAGAGGCCCUCCGUAGGGGCGUCAUAGACCUGGAGGUUUUUCUCAAGCACGUACGCCUUCUGUCCAGAAAGCAGUUCCAACUCCGCGCCCUCAUGCAGAAAGCCCGCAAGACCGCCGGCCUCAGCGACCUCUACUGAGGGACACGAGCAGAAAACAGACAUGUCUUUGGGCCCUCUGGUUCUCUUUCUUGUCCCUCUGUGUUGUGUCCCAUCUUUAAUGGACCACUGGGUUGUUUAAACACUCCUAAGAUUUGUCCGUGACUUGGAUUAAACCAAAUGCUUGAGAGAUUUUCCCAACACUCACACCCAUGUCUGUUUUUAGCCAGGCAGCCUUGUUUGUUGAGUAAGCACAAAAUAUCGGGUGCUAGCUGUUGAGACACCCCUUGUCACGAAAAGGUUAAGCUCUGAUAUGAACACCCAAAGUGAUUAAGAAGACCCUUGAUAUAGUGCUGCAUGCAGCCUAGGCCACAUUCAGAAGGCCUCCCCCCCCCCCUCUAUUAUGGAUAUGCUUUACUCCAUGAAUCUGUAUUGUUUGUAUUGUCUUGUUUUGCCUCUCCUCUUUCCAUUUUCAUUGUACGUGUCAGCUGCUCAGGUUAGCCCUCCAAUUUGACUGUUUGGCUGCAUUAGCAACUAAUUAUGUACAGUAGCUCUUCUACUCUGUACAGUCUCUCUCGAGGACAUUUUUACAAAGAAUAGGUAUCCACAUUUUUUGGUGUCCUCUGUUGCUUCUGGUAAGAAAUUAGUUCACUGUAUAAACCUUUUUUGUAGGGUACAAAAGAUUAUUACUAAUCAAAUGUUAAGUUAAGACACCUCUUGUUUAACUUAGCCCACUACUAAAUGCACUUUGAAAUGUAUCAUAGCGUAUCUGCUGUUAUUUUUUGUUUCCAUUUAAACCAUAGAUCAUCUUUUGUAUCUGUAAAUUUAUGUAAAUCCAUUCAAAUUAAAGACCCGAUUUGAUGGCAAA